CGCGUCCAACGAGGACGAGCAUGGGCAGCCUUCGCGAAGCCUUUGUGACCGAGAACCAGCCCGAAACGGACGACGAUACCGAGGCCUUCAAGCGCGCCAUGUGGGCGGGCCAGGCCAACGUCCUCGUCGCGGUGCGGUUGCGCCCGCAGCUCAAGCACGACCGCGACCGCGGCGAGAUCGUCAAAGUGCUCGGCAACAAGGUCGUUGUCGUGCUCGACCCUGGCAACCAAAAGGACGUGGUCGGCAAGAUGCGCCACCGGUCGCGCGAGAAGCGGUAUGCGUUCGACUACGUCUUCGCGCCGUCCGACGGCCAGCGUACCGUGUACAACAACACGACCAAGUUCCUCGUGCAUGGCAUUCUGCAGGGCUACAAUGCGACCGUCUUUGCCUAUGGCUGCACGGGCGCCGGCAAGACGUAUACCAUGCUGGGCACGCCGGACGAGCCAGGCAUCAUGGGAUUGACACUCGAAGACCUCUUUGAACACAUUGCAAUGGCCCACGCCCGUGUGCCAGCGCUGGUGACGUACCGCGUCACGGUCUCGUUCCUCGAGGUUUACAACGAGAACAUUCGCGACUUGUUGCGGUCCGACCCAGAAGAAGACACGUACUUGGACUUGCGCGAAGACCCGGUGCGCGGUCCAAUCGUGGCCGACCUCUCGGAGGUCGUCGCCUCGAACGCCGACGAAGUCAUGCGGCUCCUUCGGCGUGGCAACAAAAACCGGUCCCAGGAAGCGACGGCCGCCAACGCUGUCUCGUCUCGGUCCCACGCCGUGCUGCAAGUGUCGGUCGAGCAAACCGAGGUGACGCCGGACACCGUCUCGGUGCUCAAGACGGGGAAGCUCUCGAUGAUCGACUUGGCCGGUAGCGAGCGUGCUGCCGUGACCCAAAACCGCGGCCUGCGCCUCUUAGAAGGCGCCAACAUCAACCGAUCGCUCCUCGCCCUCGGAAACUGCAUCAAUGCGCUCGGCGAGAAGGCCAACCGCGGCGCGUUCGUGCCGUACCGUGACAGCAAGCUCACGCGGCUGCUGAAAGAUUCGCUGGGCGGCAACUGCCGAACGGUCAUGAUCGCCAACAUUAGCAUGUCGGUGUUGUCGUUCGAAGAGACGGUCAACACUCUCAAGUACGCCAACCGCGCCAAGAACAUCAAGACGACCGUCACGCUGAACGUCAACCACCACAUCUCCGAGUAUGUGUCGCUCAUCGCGAACCUGCGGCAAGAGAUUACGAACCUCAAGACGCAGCUCAUGCAGCAAGGCAUUCCGUCGCCGUCGGCACACGACCUCAAGCGGAAAUCCGGCAAAGAGAACCAGGACGUGGAAGGCGUCGCGAUGACGUCGACCAUGCGCGAGGCGCGCGUCCAAAUCAUGAAGUACUUUCACGAACGCAUGCAGCUCCGGCGGCAACUGCUCGAGCUCGAAAAUAAGAACGUAGCCAAAAGCAUCGAGAUUGGCCAGCAUCAGCUGGUUGUGGCCGAGCACGAGCGCCAGCGUGAAGAGAAGGAGCACGAGGACGACGAGUCUGGAGACAUUGGCCGCGCGCGCACUGACAUCCAUCGGCUCCAAGACGACAUCAAGGACCUCUCGGAGGAGAAAGCGGAUCUCACACGCAAGCUGCGGCACACGGAGAAGGCGGCAGACGAGUUUCGGGCGGCGUUGGAGCACAGCAUAACAAGCGAUGAGAAGCGAGAGCUCCUGCUCAUGGAGUACCGCAUCGGGAAGCUCGAGCUGGAGAACAUGGAGCUCGAGCAAACACGCACGGUACAAGAGACGCUUUCGCGCGGCAAAGACCUGACGAUCGAGAAGCUCAAGCUCCAGCUGCGGCUCCGCGACAAUAUCAUUCAAAAACAACAAACGAUUCUCGACAAGCACGAUAUCGGGCAUGAAGUGAGCUACGGUAUCCUCGAUACGCUCGAAGACGCGACGUUGACCGACGGCUUCGACACGCUCCGGCUCUCGAUGGAGCGCAUUUCGUCGCCGUGCACGGUCGGUCGCCCUGGCACAGACCCCAAGCCGCCGCCGCUUUUGCCCGACAUAUACGCCAAAGUACACCCGUCAACGGACGACGCCAGGUCGUCUCGCCACCAGUCGUUUGCGUUCUCAACGCUCCAGCAGCAUCUGGACAAGAGUGUCGCGAUCAAGCCGUCAGUGAGUAGCUCGCGCUGCGAGGACACGCCGCUGAAAGCACGACGGGACGUGGCUCUGCCGAGCAUUGUUGUGCGCAGUAAGAAGACGACGGCCACAAGCGCGACGGCGCCGUACCUGCAAGUGCUCAAGCAUCGGCGAAAGAAGAAGAUGGGUGGACGGGAUUUUGGACCGCUGCGCCAUGCCACGUCAUAACACGAUAUAAAUGCGAUGACAAAAUGGCUGGA